GUGGAUAUUUGGGGAGUUCAAAUGGUUCGGCCUACGGGUCUCCAAUAAUCUUGUACUUUGGGCUUAAAGCCCAACAUCUGAACAGCCCACUUCAUGCAUAAGACCCACGGCAGAUCCCAACCCAUUUCUUCACCCGCCAACUCGUUCAAAACUCCUGACCUCGAAUCCCGCACUUUUUCUCUCUCCACUCUCUUCACAAUAACUACCAUAACAGACACCGAAAGCACUCAUCAGUCAUCACUUCCCUCUUGUCUCUGUCCCUCUCUCACAAUGGCAGAUCUCAUAGAAACCUACGCAUGUGCCCCCUCUACAGAGCGGGGCCGAGGAAUUCUAAUCUCCGGCGACCCCAAAUCCAAUUCUAUUCUCUACACCAACGGGAGAUCCGUUAUAAUCCGGUACCUCGACAACCCUCUAAAAGUCCACGUCUAUGGAGAGCAUGGAUACCCUGUCACCGUUGCCCGCUACUCCCCCAACGGUGAGUGGAUUGCAUCCGCUGACGUUUCGGGCACUAUUAGGAUCUGGGGAACUCACAAUGAUUUCGUUCUGCACAAUGAAUUUCGUGUCCUAUCUGGUCGGAUCGACGAUUUGCAGUGGUCGCCUGAUAUGUUGAGGAUCGUUGCUUCCGGUGACGGCAAGGGGAAGUCCUUCGUUCGUGCUUUUAUGUGGGAUACAGGCAGUACUGUAGGAGAUUUUGAUGGGCACUCACGGCGGGUUUUAAGCUGCGCAUUUAAACCUACAAGGCCGUUCCGAAUUGUCACCUGUGGAGAGGACUUCAUCGUGAACUUUUAUGAAGGUCCACCCUUUAAGUUCAUGCUGUCUCACAGGGAGCAUUCCAAUUUUGUCAACUGUGUUAGAUUUUCACCAGACGGCAGCAAAUGCAUUAGUGUAGGUUCAGACAAGAAAGGUAUAAUAUACAAUGGGAAGACUGGGGAAAUAAUUGGACACUUGUCCCCAGAUGAUGGUCAUACAUCCAGUAUAUAUGCUAUUAGUUGGAGUCCUGAUAGUAAACAGCUACUUACUGUCUCGGCUGACAAGUCUGCAAAGAUAUGGGAAAUUUCUGAGAAUGGUAGUGGGAAUGUGAUCAAAACAUUGGUAUGUCCUGCUUCUGGCGGAGUGGAUGAUAUGCUGGUUGGAUGUCUUUGGCAAAAUGAUCAUCUUGUUAUUGUUUCCCUUGGUGGCACAAUUCACUUAUUUUCUGCUAGUGAUCUUGAUAAAGCCCCUGUAUCCUUUUCUGGACACCUGAAAAAUGUCAAUGCAUUAACAGUGGUCCAGAGUGAUCCAAAGCUGAUUCUGACGAGCAGCUAUGAUGGGCAUAUAUUUAAGUGGACUCAGGGUCAAGGCUACAAGGGUAGAUUAGAGAAGAAAGAUAGUUCUCAAGUUAAAUGUAUAGCAGCUGUUGAACAAGAGGUUAUUACAUCAGGAUUUGACGACAACGUGCGCAGGAUUCCUCUAAAUGGGAAUGAAUGUGGAGCAGCAGAGCAGGUUGACAUUGGCAGUCAGCCUAAGGAUUUGAGCCUUGCCAUUGAUUCACCCGGACUAGCUUUGGUUUCAACCGAGUCAGGAGUUUCCUUGCUUAAAGAUCUGAAAGUAGUGUCAAACAUCAACCUUGGAUUUACUGUGACGGCAUCUAUAAUUGCACCUGAUGGAAGUGAAGCAAUUGUCGGUGGCCAAGAUGGUAAGUUGCACAUAUAUUCGGUGUCUGGUGAUAAUCUUACUGAAGAAGCAGUCCUUGAGAAGCAUAGAGGUGCAAUCAGUGUAAUACGAUAUUCGCCAGAUGUCUCCAUGUUUGCCUCUGCUGAUAUAAAUCGUGAAGCUGUUGUUUGGGACCGUGCCUCCAAGGAGGUUAAGCUUAAUAACAUGCUGUACCACACUGCUCGUAUAAACUGCCUCGCAUGGUCUCCUAAUAGCUCUUUGGUGGCUACUGGAUCACUAGAUACCUGUGUCAUUAUUUAUGAAGUUGGGAAGCCUGCUUCAAGCCGCAUAACCAUAAAAGGAGCCAACUUGGGUGGAGUUUACGGCUUGGCAUUUACUGAUGAGUGCACUUUGGUCAGCGCAGGGGAGGAUGCCUUUGUUCGCGUGUGGAGGUUAGCACCACAAUAAGAUGGUAUUAGUAUUAGCAGCAACAUGCUUAAUGCAGGACUAAAACUUUCAACGGAGAAAUAAUCAGAGGGAAAAGGAAAAAUUAAAAGUUCAGAACGCAGGUAAUCCAUAGAGUUGAUCAGCAAUUGUGGUUUGGCUAAUCAGCUGGCAAGCAGUCUUUAUCUCUCCCUUCCUCCCUACAAGCAAUCUAUUUUAGUUGGUCAGAAAUGUUUGUAUUCCUUUUAGUUUCAUCCAUGUUCUGCAGUUUUGGCCAGUGACGCUAUUUUAUUUGUGAUGGGAUAAAUCUAUUGUGUAUAAAUGAUAAAUAUUGAUUCUUUAAGCAUUUGUAUUUUGUGUUGUA